UAAUGCACUUAUUACAUUACCUGUAAAAUGACAGGUAUUGUUAACAUGGUUAUUAAAUCGAAACUCCAUUAACUUUCUUCAAAUAUGUAAAACAUCUUUUCACAUAACAUUGAUAUAAUGCCGUACUCAGUUUUGACCAUAUUAGUCCUGCUAAAUUUUACUCUGGGUCUUUGCCAGGCCACCGUUGGGUGUUCCAACUGUUUGUAUGGCCUUUCAGAACACUGUGUACAGGAAGGUGAGGAGUUCUCCUGCCUGUUUGGCUGUAUGCCUGGCUGGGUAGGGGACACAUGUAACAGGACAUGUUCAAGCUCCAGAUGCAGGGAAUGUAUCAUCAAUGGAGGCCUUGAAGAAUGUACAAGGUGUAAUGCAGGACAAUAUGGCCGUUUCUGCAACAUAACAUGUAACACAAACUGCAAGGGGUUUAACAGCAUAAAUGACACAUGUGACUUCUACGGUAACUGUUUGUUCGGAUGUAAGCCAUUUUGGAGCGGCCCCAUGUGUGACCAACACAUUUGUCCCAUAGAGCGAUGUAAUCACUGUGGGAUGUCACUUACAAAUCAUAAAGAGUGCAAGCAAUGUCAUGAAGGAUAUUUCUGGGAAAAAGAGAGAGCAGUGUGCACACAUACACAUUGCACUAUUACGAACUGUUCGACCUGCAGCUUAAAUAAGUGCCAUGUGUGUCAAUCUGGUUUUUAUCCUGCCCUGAAUGGAGCAGUGUGUAACUCUUGUGAUGACCGCCACUGUAACGGUACAUGUAACCAGAGUACCGGGGACUGUCCAGAUGGCUGUAAGGCUGGCUGGUAUGGACAAGGCUCCUUCUGUAAUCUGGAGUGUAAGGUGAACAACUGUACACAGUGUGCCCUCGGGUUCAUGAACACAGAACUGUGCCUGCGAUGCAAUCCUGGCUACUAUGUGAAUGAUGGUGGCUGUACAAUAUGUCCCGAGAAUUGUAAAGACAACCUCUGUGAUGUGGCAAAAAGCACUUGUAAAAAUGGUUGUAAGGCUGGUUACCAUGGUGUCAAUUGCGAAUGGAAUUGUAACAGUGUCUGUGACAAUGGGGAAUGUGAUCCGGAUACUGGCAAUUGUAGCUGUAAGGAUGGCUGGUUUUCUGAUAGAUGUGACCGGUUGUGCCCCAAGUACUGUUCAUCUGACGGUUGUGCCUCAUACAAUGUCACUGUUGGCUGUGCCAGUUGUGAACCAGGCAGAUAUGGCAGAGACUGUGAACUGAAAUGCAGUUCUAACUGUAUGGCUCAACCCUCCAACAACUACAUAGACUGCAAUAAGUUGAACGGUUCCUGUGUUGGAUUGUGCAAGAGUGGAUUCUAUGGUCACAACUGCUCCACCACAUGUCCAGGUAGUUGUGGGGGCAGCUGUGAUCAGAACACAGGGAUGUGUAAUUCUAGCUGCGAUAUCCACAACUACGGCAAGCUGUGUCCCCCUUGCCCCCAGAACUGUGUACGUUCCCAGCAUGUCAAUAAUAGAACGUGUGAUAUGGACACAGGGAAAUGUAACCUAGGCUGUGUUGCAGGAUUCUAUGGGCCGUUUUGCAAUAUAACCUGUGAUGCAAACAAACAUUGUAAGGACAACAAAUGUGAUGAUUCAGGGAAAUGUGAGUUGGAGUGUGACCAAUAUGGUAUCUGUGUGGGUGACUGUCAGGCGGGCUUCUUUGGGCAGAAGUGUGACAAGAAAUGUAGCUCUACAUGCAUGGGUGGCGUUUGUUCGAAGGAAUUCGGUUCAUGUGUGUAUGGGUGCCUGGAUGUGGUGAUGUACGGUACUCAGUGUGACAAGCUGUGUCCGGUGACGUGUGUGAACCAGUCAUGUGACCGCCAGACUGGACACUGCAUCACUUGCGGGAUCGGCAAAUAUGGCAGCACCUGCACUGAUGGUUCCCAAAGUAGCAACCAAAUGAAUUCGGCUGAGAGAUCCAACCUUGCCAUUGCCCUUGGUGUGAGUGUUUCUGUGGUGCUGGUCAUCGUAGUCCUGGUGGCCAUUUUCUACUGGUGGAGGAGGAAAUCCCACAAGAUGACUUCACGUAAUGAACCUGAGCCAGCUGUGGUCUCCACAGCUACUAUUGAAGCCAUGGGCAGUGGACUGGAUGAGCCAGGUUCAGGGGACAGUGAUAGGGACAGUGCCCGCAGUGACAUCAAGCUGCUUGCAGAGGAGACAUCAAGUCUCCGGGUGACGUCAGUUUCGAGUCUCAGGGAGAGCCACCCCAACAGACUGUACGAGGGGCAGGUGCUGGUUGGAGGGACUUUCCAUGACUGCUGUGUCCACAUCACUCAUCUUGGGGAAGUAGAGUCAAAAUCCAAGGAAGUCUGGAGACGCCUUAUGAAUGAGACUGAGAUACAAAAGCUGUCAUGCUCACACUCAAAUGUUGUACAGCUCUUACAAACAUACCAAAAUAGGAGUAUAUUCUGUGUGGCGUUUGAUGUGUGUAUGAGGAACAGUCUCCAGGACUACCUGCUGGCCAUGCCCUCUGGUCGUAAAGGCAACCGAGACAUUGUCGUUCCAUUGACCAAGAUAUGUGUGGACAUUGCUGCCGCACUCGGCCAUUUGCACAGUCUGCAUGUGUUACAUCGACAGUUGAGGCUCUGCCAUGUGUACCUGACUGCUGCAGGGCAGGCGAAAUUGGGGGACUUCUACUGGGCAAAGAUGGUCUCUGGUACUGACACCCAGACAUUAGAGGAAUUUGUGGUUGAGGGCGGAAAGACGCGGCUGGCCCCAGAGACCCUGCUGAACUCACAUUACACAGAUAAGACCGACAUAUGGGGUCUUGGCCUGAUAUGCUGGGAGGUGAUGUCACUGGGGAAGGCCCCGUAUGCAGGUCUAGAUGAGCAGACGUACAGACAGACAGUGCUGGAUGGAUCACGCCCACCCAUGUGUGCCUAUAUGCAUAUGUACAUGUAUCGUGUGCUGAAGAGCUGCUGGCAAUAUUACCCGGAUGACAGACCAAAUGCAGAGCAAGUGCUCAACCAGCUCCUGGAUGUUCAGGGAAGAGUGUCUGAAUCUGAAGAAACUGCCUUAGAACAAGAAAGGCGCCAUGGACAACCAUUGAACUCGAGACAGCCUGUGAUCCAGUCCUGUGAUGCUGUUAGACAGAAACGACCACAAGGGUCGGAUGAUGUUCGCCAUUAUAGUCCUGCUAGUAAAUCCACUAUUGAUGCUCACCAAAAACAGCUGCCAAAAUCAAAAGAAGAUGUGUCUGUAAUCCUAAACCCUAAAUUUGGUGCACGGUUUGCUAACAAACAGUUUCCCUUGUAUGAAAACCAACAUUCCAAUAAAGCCGAAGUCUGUGAUCAAGAUACAUUUUCCACCAAACAUACUGGUUUUCCCAGUGCAAAUCCUGGUGCUACAGGCAGACCAAGUGCUCGACCAAAGGCCUCCUACCAGGAGCUACAACAGAAGGAUCAGCGGAAGUCACCUGCCCAGCAAAACCCAACCACCCAUCAUCACCCGACCACCCAGACCCAUCAUCACCCAACCACCCAGACCCAGCAUCGCCCAACCUCCAAGACCCAGCAUCGCCCAAAUACCCAGACCCAGCAUCACCCAACUACUGAACAUCCACCAAGCACUGAGACGCAGCAUCAACCAACCACCCAACAUCAACCAACCACACAACAUCAACCAACCACCCAACAUCAACCAACCACCCAACAUCAACCAACCACCCAGACCCAGCAUUAUCCAACUGCUGAACAUCCACCAAGCACUGAGACGCAGCAUCAACCAACCACCCAACAUCAACCAACCACCCAACAUCAACCAACCACCCAACAUCAACCAACCACCCAGACCCAGCAUCACCCAACUACUGAACAUCCACCAAGCACUGAGACGCAGCAUCACCCAACUACCCAACAUCAACCAACCACCCAGACCCAGCAUCACCCAACUGCUAAACAUCAGCCACAUGCUCAAUGGGGCCAGAUGCACAAUGAUCAGCAGAGGAAACAUGAACCCCUGGAGCGUCCUGGACAACUGUCAGCACACAAUAAGCAGAAGAAUGACAAACUUCAGGACAAAUACACCAACCACUUCAGUAACCCUUCCGAUACAGGAGUUUUCCCAGCCAACUACUUGAUGAAUAACCCUGAAAGAAACCAUGAUUGCACAUCAUCCACCACUCCUCAGCAGGCAUUGAGGCCGGCUGAAAACGGUGUAAAGUUGGCAGACAGUGAAAUCCUUGAGACAGAAAUAUAAUGAAUCUCAAAAUGGCAGUUCCAUAUAUACUCAUUUCCGUAUCUAGACUAAAAUGGCAACUUAGCUGUCAAUUGUUUAUAUUUGUGGAGAAAGUUUAUUUGGGCUAUUUGCCAUACUUUAGUUAAUGCUUUUAUAUAUUAAUUAACCAUAGGUUGACUUCCAAUAAGCAGAGAUUUAUUGGGAACAUGCAGUACGAAAAUCAAAGAUCUGAGAGUAAUUUGCCUUGUAUAUUCUUGUACUCAUAUUGCAGCCAUAAACAAGUUUAUGUUUUAAUACAGUAAAACUGCAGUGGUUCAAACAAGCGUUCGUUUGAAAACCAGCGAUCAGUUGAGGUGAAAGCUAAGUCCUGAGCAUUAUUCCUUCUAUAUUCAUAUAAAUAUACUGCCGCUGGAUCGAAACCUAAAUAAGUGAAGGAGUCGAGCACCAUUGCCGGUCCUGAAUACACAAAUCAUGCACAAAACCUUAUGGUUACCUCAAGGUCAUUAUUCCACACAAUUUUCCGAAUGCAUGUUCCAAAAAAACAAGCAAUUGGCAGGUUUUUAAGUUUUCACAAGUUGUAAAAAUUGCAAUGACAGAUGAAAGUGAAUUUGAAACGUGUGAAAAACCGAUUAAAACCGUUUAUAUUUGAUAAGGGCAUUUGAGAAGAUACUUGUGAAAAGUUAAUGAUGAAAAUUUAAUCAUAAUGUUGUUUGUUUACAAAAUAAGUGUUCUUUGAAAAGAUAAACUUUGUUAUUAUCCUUUUAUAUUUUUUUCUUUUCCAUUAAGUAUACGACAGCUUUUGAGCAUGUGAGCAAUUUCCACAAUGCUAUAAAUAAAUAAUCGGUGCCGAAACUAACGACUUAAAAAAUAUAUUGAAAAACGUUUCAUAAUAGAUUAAAAUUGGUCUUUCGAAACAUCGGAUUACUAGAGGUUUUAGCUUGUUUCCCGGCGUCCUCGAGCAAUCGCAGUUUUACUGUAAAACUAUUUUAUUUUGUAACUGUAUCAUAGGACACACCAGCCUGUAUUGUCACUUGUGAUAUAAUUCUAUCACAUUUAGUACAGCUAUGAAGCCAUAUUACUUAAGAAAUAAUGCAUAAUGAUGAAAUUGUAUUUCUAUUUGAUGUCCCUUGUUUGGCAAAUCAAGAAAUACUUUGUAUAUAUUUUGUGCCAUGAUAUUAUUGAAAAUUAUAACUACAGCGCAUUUUAAUAUGUAUGUGUAUCCAACAAUUAUAUAUGAAAGUGUCAAGUUUGAAGUUAUAUUUUCUACGCAGACUAUGUUUAUGUGUGACCCUCGUAAACUUUGCUUGUCUGUAUAGCCUUAACCAUGCGCCUCUAAACAGGCUCUGUGUUUAUUGUUUGACCAAGUACUGGGCUUGUCUCUGUAGUUUCCAAUGUAAUAGUUCAAGGACAGUAUUCAGAUUAUAGAUUUGUUGCUGUAAUUUAUUACAUGUUAUUUUAUAUUCUAUAAAGGCCCCACAAUUUUCAUUGUGGAUGCUCUAUAUUAAUCAUCUUGUCAUGGCAUUCUGUAAGUUUCUAAUUAUUUUCUUUACAACUUUAAAACUAAAGACAUCAGCUAAAAACUUCAAAAUAGUUCAUCACAGUAACACCUUUUUUACCACAAGUAACAUAACUGUAAUGUGAAUAUCGAUAAGUGUAGAACCCGGUAUAAACAUAUUCAAAUUGAACAAGUGAAUUUACUUUUUUAUGCCCCCCCCCCUUCGAAGAAGAGGGGUAUAUUGCUUUGCACAUGUUGGUCGGUCGGUCGGUAGGUCGGUCCGUCGGAAGAUUAAAGCUUGUCUGAGUGAUAAUUUAACAAUUCCUUGACAUCAUCAAACUUGACAUGAAGAUAGGGCCUGACCAGUAGAUGACCCCUAUUGAUUUUAGGGGUCAUCGGGGCAAAAUGGUAAAAGGAUUUUAAAGCUUGUCCGAGUGAUUAAUCAAUAACGCCUAGACCUAUGUUCAUCAAACUUGACAUGGGGGCUGGGCCUGACCAGUAGAUGACCCCUAUCGUUUAUAGGGGUCAUCGGGUCAAAGUCACAGUGACCUUGAAUAAUAAAAGGUUGUCCGAUUGGUAAUUUUACAAUGCCUGCACCUAUGGCCCUUAAUCUUGAUUUGGAGCUUGGGUCUGACCAGUACAUGACCCCUAUUGAUUUUGGGGUUCAUCGGGCCAAAGGUCAAGGACACAUUGACCUUGAAUGAUUAAAAGUUGUCCGAGUGAUAACUCGACAAUGCCAUCACCCAUGGCCCUCAAAAUUGACUUAGAGGUUCGGCCUGACCAGUUAAUGACCCCUAUUUGUCUGGGGUCGUCGGGCCAAAGGUCAAGGUUACAUUGACCUUGAAGGCAAACUCGACAAUUCCUGGACCUAUGGUCAUCAAACUUGACAUGAAGGUUGGGCCUGACCAGUAGAUGACCCCUCUUGAUUUUGGGUUUUAUCAGGUCAAAAGUGACUUUUAACACGAAAAAGUUAACAAAGCUUCUCCCAGUGAUAUCUCAACAAAGCCUGUACCUAUGAUCAUCAAACUUGAUUAGGGGGUUUGGCCUUUUAAUCUAAGUGGUCAUCGGAUCAAAGGUCAUGGUCACAGUGACCUUGAACGCAAAAAGCUUGUCUGUGUGAUAACUUGACCUUGCCUGCACCCAUGACCCUAAAACUUCACUUGGAGGUCCAUGCAUAUUUCAUUUAAUUGUCCAAAUAAUUCUGACAACAUGGCGCUCUGGGGAAUAAUGUUUGAAAAACAUCUCUUGUAUUAUAAGUUUUUGAGGAUUAGAUGAAAUAUAUCACAUUGUGAACUGGUGUGACUGGUUAGUUUUUGAAAUUGUUUAGUUGUAUAAAAAAAAGUUAGAGCACUAUGUACUGAAAGAUGUGAAUGAAAAUUGAAACAACGAUUACGAGCAAUUAUAUAUUGAACUCAUGAACAUUUGAAGAACUACAACUCUGUGGCUUGUGAUACUAAUUGAGGCAGUGAUGCAAAAUAAUUUAUUUUUCAUCAGAGCUUGAAAAGUAUGAGAUGAAAGUGAAUCAUUAAUUUAUGGCAAUGUUGACUUGUUACAUUUUAAAAACCAUAAAUCUGAUACCUCUUGUUUAUAAAUUGCUUCCCUGUACAAACAAAGUAUGUUUGAAAAUUAUUCAUAACUUAUGCCAGUGUUGACUGGACAUAUUUUAAGGACCAUAAAUUUGUGACCAGUGGUUAAUGCUGUGUUUCUUGAAUAAUUAUGGAAUAUAAAAAAUAAUAUUUGGGCAUAGCUUUUGGCAUGUAGUUUAAAGUGCUAGCUUGGUGGUCUAUUUUUGUUUAUGUCUUGCAAUACAUGACUGUAUUUUGUUUGUUGUAGAUUGAUGUUAUACGGAGCGUUUUGUUAAUAAAAGAAAUACUAAAACAUUGAUGUUUGUAUUCUCUAUAUUUGUAAAUGAGAGCAGUUCUUUUUGCUAAUUUCUGUAAAGUUAACAAAUAUGACAAAUAAUAAACAGGUAUUUUAUA